CUUUGUUCUUCUUCUCUUCUUCCUCCCCUUUACUACACACUUCUUCUUUUUUCUUCAGAAAGAAAGAAAGACAGAGAGAGAGAGAGAAGAUGGUGUUAGGAAAGCGUCAUGGAUCACUGAUCAAGAGAACAACUAGCAUGAAGAUGAUCACACUCGAUACACCCACGAUCUAUGACGCAUCUCAGCCGUCCGAUCAUCUAACCUUUCAUCAACACCCUCACAAUCCGAUGGUGGUGAUGGCUAGUAACUACGAUGAUUUCUUGAAGACUUGUAGUCUCUGCAAUCGAAGUCUCUGCCAUCAUCGUGACAUUUACAUGUAUAGAGGGAACAACGCAUUUUGUAGCUUAGAAUGCAGGGAGAAGCAAAUUAAGCUGGACGAGAAAAAAGCGAAAACCGGCUUCGUAACAUCGAAGAAACCAAUUCGUAUUUAGUUGAUCAUCUAUGAUCUAAAAUGAUAACGAUAGUUUUUCCUUAUGAGUAAAAUGAAUAUGUUUUUGCGUUUCGUGUACAAGAAUGAUGAAAAUUAAGAGAGAAAAAUGAGACUAAAUGAGUGUAGUGAUCAUAUAGUAAUGGGACUUCAUAAGCAUGAUUUGAUUUGUUCGUGUGAUUUGUUUCUUUGUGAUGUGUAAUAUGUAAUGUAAUAUCAAUGUUGAUGUAUAUUCAGGUGGUCUUCUUAGUUCUUACUACUUGUCGUAACAUAUAAAGAUAUUUAGUAAACGUACUCUGAUUUUAUAAUAUCAGAUGGACCGUUUCUUAAAUGGACUUAGAAAAUAGAAUUUGUGAUAGUGAUCAGUUCUGAG